CCUGUUCCGUGUGCACAUACUUGAAUGCCUCUUAUCGUUGGAAAUGUGAAAUGUGUCAUACAGGACACAGACACACAUAUAGUUUGAUAGCUGCCGGAGGUAGUUCUACAGCAUCGUCAAAACAUACUAGGACUUCGAGUUUCGAAACGUUUUUCGAUGGAACUCUUAAGCACGAAGAAAUGGACAAGAAAAUGAGAGGAUUAAGUUUGGAUUCCAUUCAAUCAGGUCCAACAAGUUCUGAAGCGGUCAACCUCUUAGCUGGGCGAAUGAGAACGCCCAUUUGUUACGGCCAGGGGGCAGGGGAUACGUCAGGCGACCCGGUCGGGCCCAACAGAAUCACAACAACAGCCAGCUUGAAAAGCAAGAGUAGAGCAUCGUCAAAACAUACUAGGACUUCGAGUUUCGAAACGUUUUUUGAUGGAACUCUUAAGCACGAAGAAAUGGACAAGAAAAUGAGAGGACUAAGUUUGGAUUCCAUUCAAUCAGUUGUAGAAACCGAAGUGUCUACUAAAGAAGAGCCCUCUAAUGGAGAUGACUGGUCCUGCACUCGUUGCACACUAUUGAACAGUGCAAGCAGUUGGAGAUGCGGGGCCUGCUCUCUGAGACGAAAACAUACAGAGGAAUUCGACGGAUCUGUAACAUACCAAGACAUAGACGGAGAAAUGGAGAGAAAUGGUUUGGAUAUUGACGCACCUCAGUCGAAGGAACUACAGAAUGAGCUCCGCAUUGUUUUAAUUGGGAAAACCGGCUCCGGUAAAAGUGCGACAGGAAACACCAUACUCGGGAUAGAUGCUUUUAAAUCAAGCUCGUCUAUGACAUCAAUCACCGAGAAAUGCUCGUCUGGAAAUGCAAAUCGCUUUGGGAAGGACUUAGUUGUCGUGGAUACCCCGGGUUUAUUUGAUACCGGUAUGACCAAUGAGGACAUGACCAAGGAGAUAGUUAAAUGUAUCGGAAUGACAUCACCAGGACCACAUGCAAUCGUACUCGUGAUAUCCGUAGGGAGGUUUACUAAAGAAGAGCAUGAUACCGUUCAAGAAUUUUCUAAUAUUUUUGGAGAAGGAAUGUUUAAUCAUAUGGUUGUGCUGUUUACACGUAGGGAUGACUUGGAAAAACAGGGAACUACCAUACAAAGCUGUGUACAGAGGGCAACACAACCGUUAAAAGAAAUUCUCAGGAAAUGCAGUCAGAGAUACCUUGCGUUUGACAACGGGCAGUCGACCGAAAUGCGCGAAAAAGAUGCAAUGCAUUUGAUCCGAUUAGUUGGUGAUAUUACUGACAGAAAUGGUGGCAAGUGUUAUUCAAAUGAGAUGUACAAGGAAGCAGAGAAACAGUAUAGAAGAAGAGCUGAAGAAAUCAAACGUCAACAGAUGAAAGAAAGGGAACUUGAAAAAGAACACAUAAAAAUGACUCUGAAGAAAGAUUUCCAGGUGCAAUUAGAUGAAUUUGAUAGAGACAAGAGAAAACUUUUAGAAGAUAAACGUGCUGAAGAACGAAUUCUGAAUUCACAAAUCAAUGAACUACAGCGGAACAUACAGCAGCAGCAACGUCAAAGGCAACAGCGUGAAGGUGAGGAAGAGAAAGAGAGAGAAGCUUUAUUGAAGGAAAGGGAAGAAUUCCAACGCCUCAAAAAGGAAAUGAUAGAAAAUGAGCAACGUAGAAAACAGCAGUACGAGGCUGAGGAACAGGAACGACAACACAGAAGGGAAAGGGAAAAGGAAAGGGAAAAGGAAAGGGAAAAAAAGGAAAAAAGGGAGCGAAUUCGCUUGGAAAAUGAGUUGUUAAAACAGCAAAAAGAGGCUGAAAAACACCUACAGCAGAUCGAAGAGGAACAUCGAAAUCGACUCAUUCAAGCGGAAGAAAGAGAACGGCAAUGUAGGGAAGAAAAUCGGCGCAAAGAACAAAGACGUCUUGCUGAAGUUGAAAGAAAAUACGAACAGGAAGCACAAAAUAUGCGAUCAAAAGUACGUAGAGAGUAUGAGAACGAAAAUAAAGGAAUGUUAUCAUAUUUGUGGAGUGGAGUGAAAACUGUCGCGAGCGGUGUUGCAGGAUUCGUUAAAAGCAUUUUUUGAUAUCAGGAUUAGGAAGUAUUUAUUGACAGUUAUGCACAAAUCACUUCUAGGACUUGAAAAUUGGUUGGUGGCUUUGCUAUUGCUGACUCUUUCUCAUUACUAUGCUGAAAGUUUUUUAUGAAUAAGAAAGACAUGAAUUCGCAAAAAUAAUAUCUACAAGUACAUGUAACUACUAAUUUUCUUUAGAAAUUUAAACUAUAGCACAAAAUAAUAUAUUCAUAAAAAAAGCAUCGCAUUAGUAUAAACCAAUAAUUCAUGUCUAUCCAUAGUAUUCAAUUGUAAUACAUGUAGUUUGGUUUUAAAUCUAUUGCAGGAAAUGAUAUCUAAAUUAAUACAUUUUGACCUAAAAUCUUUAUAUUUCCUUUCUUUUUGUGCGAGUAUUAUUGUUUUACUUUAUAUUGUCCACGAGUCGUUUCUAAACGUUUAAGCUCAUUUCACGUUUGAUGUAUUAAUGAAACGGUCAUGAAAUUUAGUCUCAUUUGCCAUGCCAGCAAACAAGCUUUUCGUGCACAUUUCUAUUAUUACCUUUUUGGAUGUUUUAUACUCAUAUUCAAUUAUCCGCAAUCUCCAUUUGUUUUAGAGAAUAGAAUAGAAAGGUAUAUUAUUCAUUGUGAAUAAUCUGUUAAAAAGAGUUUUACUUAUUUCAGUUUGAUUUACUGUUGUGAACUGCAUCCAAGCAACAUAAAUGCUAAAUGGUAUUCAAAUUGUUAACGUACUAAACCCAAAGCCGUAAAAUGAAGUCGCGGUAAUUAAUGGCAUUUAAGCAAACUUGAUAUCCGUUACCCGAGCCAGCAAGAAAAAAAUAUAACAUAAUAGAAAGGUUUUUAAACAUGUUAUUGUAAAACUGGAAAUAUUCGUAUUUUUUAUUAGUAGGCUCAAAAAUUAUUAUAUUAUCUAAAAUAAAUACUUGAAGAGUCACGACACUAGCAUAGCUGUAAUGCAUAAGAUAGACUACACUUACCUGCUGGAGCAUCUGGUCUUGUACGUUUUCAAGGGUCUCCUUUCACAUUCAUAAUUUUGUUCCUUCAUAGUUUGCCCUCGGAUUAUAGAUUUUGAGUUGGAAUAAAAGUUUCACUAUCAUAUACUCGUUGAUGUUUUCUAACCAGCUAGUAUAUUCACUUUGAACCAACUAUUGAUAGACUACUUAUAUAGCACAAUUGUCUUCAAAUAUUCAGAUGAUCUAUAAUAUGUUAUGUUCUGAGAUAAAAUAAAAACUUUUCAUACAAUGUUUGUGGAUGAUACUCAGUAAUAACGUGCCAAGAUAUCCCAAGUUAUAUACCCUACCAUGUUACCAUCCAUAAAUAAAGAUUUCCCAUUCAAUAUCAUAUGCAAAGUGCAAUGUUCAGCAUAUCUGCAACAUUGACUUCUGAAGGCGUCUAAUACGGAUCGUUUACACAGGAAAUGUAACGAGAUAUAAUUUAAGUCACAUAAAACAGAAGCUUAACAGUGGUGCUCUCUAGCUUAGGAUAUCUUGGCGGCAUAUGAUGUCAAAUUCUGUAGACUUGCAAGUAAUAAACAUUCUCUUUAAAUA